GCUGUGUAGCUAGCCUAGAGUAGACUGAGGGAGCGCAAGUCUAGCGCCAGCCGCCCUGUGUUUCUCAUUUUGCGCGCCAGGCUUGCUUAGCGUCGUGUUCACACGACUGGUCGUAGAUAUUGCACGCGCCAGAAAUCUCGCCUUGCAAGUGAAGCCAAUCUAGCAGCCUCCACUCCAGAACUAGAGAUUUUCCUAUGCUUGCCGUCAUUUUGCCCGAAGUGUCGGAGAGGACGGGUGGAAACAUUUAGCAACACCGUGUAGCUGUUCAACACGACCUGAAGUACGAGUAAAGGCGGCACUUUCCUCUCCUAUUCCCUAUCUCUAUGUGCACGCGAACGCCAGUCCCGCAGCCUCUACCUCUGGCUUAUCCUGAAAUACAGAAGUUUCACCAUUCCGAAGAACAGGUUUGAUGGUGUUGUUCGUCAGACUGCCGUGUUGCUUUUUUCAACCGGACGUUGCGGGGCAUGCGAACUAUUCGACCUUUGGCUUUGAAGCAAACGUUGUCGAAGUGAUUCCCGUGCUUGUGGUGCUGGCCUAUUGGGGCUGGCCGCACUUGCGGAGGCACUUUGGAAUGGCUGAACAUCAAGCACUGUUCAGUUGGGCGGACAUCACUUCUGCCCUAAGUUUCUUCGGCAGGACCGAUUAUGGAUGGCUAGCACAAUUCGGUGCUGGUGAUUGUGAAGAUCUCCACGAUUACGAUGGUGCAGCCGCAAUCGCACCACCCCCUCCUAGUCAGGAAGCUGGAGAACGGAAAAGCAAUCAGCAGACACCAACUGUUGCUAGCCACGUGGGAAUGGAAAUGCAUACAUCUCCACUGCUUGUCAAGGGCUUGGAGAACCAAGGCCAGACAUGCUUUUUCAAUGCAGUUCUUCAGGCAUUGAACCAGUCAUUUGAAGUUCAUGAUGGACUUCAGCGGAUCUUUGAUGGAUCGUACACAUACACUGUGAAAAUCCUCCGCGGUGGAAAGUUGAUACUGCUUAGUGCACCUCUGGAAUUCACGAGUAAAGAAUUCUGCCGCACAUUUGGUCAACGUAGUGCCCUAAGGUCACUACGUGAGUUGAUGCAAGAUAUUCAGAAGCCUGACACUGGCAAGCAUCACUGGGGAGGCAUCUCUGUCAAUCCUAGUCCCUUGUACCACAGCCUCAGCUACCGAUUUGACCAGUAUCAAACUUGCUAUGAGCAACAGGACGCUGGCUCUCUCCUGAGACAUCUCUUUGAGGCCAUUCAUGUCGAAGAGCUUGCUUGCCUGCAGGAGGCGACACGAAAGGAACUUGAAAAGCAGUGUGGCACAGACUAUGAUGACUAUGUUAAAAGUGUGUGUUUCAAGGAGCUUGCCCGGAAGACGACAUUUGUGGAUCGAGUAUUUGCUUUGGAGAUUGAGACCACACGGACAUGCUGUCGGUGCAAAGCUGUGACGAAGAGGCAGACUGGUUCAGGAGAGGGGCGCGAGGUGAGCCUGGACCUGUGGGUUGGCUCUGUGCAGAGGGAAAAAAGACUCGUGGAACGUAUCAGUAGCACAGCCGCUCGCAGCUGGACAGUUCCUCACAGCGGCGGCAACAAGAGCCAACCUGAAAGCCAGGAUGACGGAGAUGCACGGCCUGAGACAUUGGUUAGUCCACCCAGUGCAAGUCGAACAGCCGAAGGUGAGGUGAACGCAGCAGCACAACCCCCGGGCUGCAUUCAACGCGUCAAAGGGGUUGUCAAGGGCGCCUGUGGAGAUGUAGAAGCCGGACACACAAGUGGAGUGGCAGCUGCAACAAGUGCAAAUGCAAUACCAGCAGUAGCAGCAGCAGGCAUGAGAAACGACAUUGUUGUGACAGAAGAUGCGUACAAUGUACAUGCAUCGUCCAUCGCCAAAGCUGGUAGUGAUGUCAUUGCCAAAGCUGGUAGUGAUGUCAUUGCCAAAGCUGGUAGUGAUGUCAUUGCCAAAGCUGGUAGUGAUGUCAUUGCCAAAGCUGGUAGUGAUGUCUCGUCGUCCGAUAGCAGUUCUUCUGGUCAGAACAACUCCGCAAUGCUAACCAGUCCGAACGAGCAAGGUGAGGGCUCGCCCAGUGUAACCCUGAGCACAGCUGAACAGCCCGGUGGCGACACACCAGCAGCCUCUAACGCUGUGCAAUCAUCUGGCUUGAAAGAAGAACCAUCAUCACCUGAUGGGACAUGUUCCAGUUCUACAGCAGAUACUGCAGAAGAUCGGCAAGGAAAUGUUGAAAAAGCCGAGGAAGUAUCACUGUCUGACAAACAUUCCAGCACAGGUGGCACCGCUCAGACAGCAUCAGACGAACAGGAUACAGGUGUUGACAUGGCUGGCAAUUGCCCAGCAACAGCACACACCAAUCCUCGUGCUGCUGGUGUGCACGGAACAUCGGAUGACGAGAGCAAGGCAGGGUUCUCGAACUCCACACUACUGCGUAAUGGCCCAUGUGCUACCACUAGUGUGGUGGUCAAUGCCAGCAUGGAAGGUUCUCCAGAAACACGGCUUGACACACAUGUACGUACAGCUAAACAGCAUAAGCCGGAUUGUGACACACCAACUGGAGAAGGGGAUUGUGAGACUGCCCACACAGUACUUGCACAUGCACAUGCAGGCCAAAGUCCACCUUCAGCAGGUGACAAGACAACAAACGCGGGCCAAGCCGGAGCUGGUGAUAAGGCGAAGCGACCUGACCAAAGCGCUUGUGAGGAGCCAAUGCAACCAGGACAGAGAGCUGAUGGUGUUGUGGCAGAGGGGCAUGCUCGUGAGGAUGUUGGUCAGUCUCACCAAAUACUGACAUCGAAGGAAGUACCCACUGCAACUGAGGGGGUGAACGGGCCAGUUAUCAAAGAGGACAAACCUGCAACUGAGAGAAAGUUCUCCCCUGACACAAACAUGGCCACAUCACCAACAUUCGACGAUAAAUCUCUCAACGAUGCAGAAGGUUCCCGCUCACUUGGUGCACCAAAAUCAUGUGUAGCUGUCCCAAGAAGUGAUCCAUCUAGCAGUGUUGUUGAAGAGAACAGAACAAACACAACAGAAGGAGAAGAUGCCAUUCACCAGUCAGCUUCAGCAACAGCGCUGUUGGCAACCGUCACUGAUAUGCCGCAACUUGAUCAUCUUGCCCCCGAUACUGACCCGCAAUGUGGUACUAUACUCGUCCAAGAUGCAGAAAGACAAUCAAAGAUCAGAUCUAGGGAUAACAGUGAACCACCGGUACCAGCGCAAGCCUCGGCACCAGGUGCAGCUGAAGCACAGGCAGCAACAGCACUAGCUGGUGAAGCUGCUACAGCAGCAGCAUCAUCAUCAGCACCAACACCAGCGCCGCAACCACCGCCACCGCCACCGCCACUACCACCAAUAGCAGCAGCAACAGCAGCAGCAUCAUCAGCACAAACACCAGCACUGCCACCACCGCCACCGCCACUACCACAAAUAGCAGCAGCAACAGCAGCAGUGCAAUCAGGAACAGCAGCAGCAUUGCCGCUGGCGCCGCCUAGAUCACCUUCGCAAGGGAAUGGUGAACAAGACAACGAAGUAGCAUUGUCUGACAAACAAUCCAGCACAGGUGGCACCGCUCAGACCAGAGACGCAUCAGGCAAACAGGAUACAGGUGAUAACAUCACUGGCAAUUGCCCAGCAACAGCAGACACAGAUCCUCCUGAUGCUGAUGCACACGAAGCAACAGAUAUGAGCUCCACAUUAUCGCGUAAAAGUCCAUGUGAUACCACUACUAAAGAGACAGGAUUGCCACACUCCAUUCACAAUUGUCCCACUGAUGGAGAGACAGGAUCCCCAGACUCCAUACACAAUUAUCUCACUGAUGAGCAGGACCAAAAUCUGCCCUUGCUACAAACCGGACUGCCAGGUGUCCCACUAGAAACGGAUAGCGCGGCGGUUAGUGCUAGCAAAGAAGGCUCUCCAGCAACACGGCUGCACGCGCAGGUGCGUACUGCUAACCAGCACAAGGAUGAUGGCACACCAACUGGAGACGUGGAUUGUGAAACUGCCCGGACAGUUGCACAUGCAGACCAAAGUCCAACUUUAACAGGUGACAAGACAGCAAACCCAGACCAAGCCGGAGCUGACGAUAAGGCAACGCGACCUGACCAAAGAGCUUGUGAGGAGGCAAUGCAACCAGGACAGAGAGCUGAUGGUGUUGAAGCAGAUAAAUCUCUCAACGAUGCAGAAUGUUCCAGCUCACUUGGUGCACCAAAAUCAUGUGUAGCUGUCCCAAGAAGUGAUCCAUCUAGCAGUGUUGUUGAAGAGAACAGAACAAACACAACAGAAGGAGGAGAUGCCAUUCACCAGCCAGCUUCAGCAACAGCGCUGUUGGCAACCGUCACUGACAUGCCGCAACUUGAUCAUCUUGCCCCCGAUACUGACCCGCAAUUUGGUACUACACUCGUCCAAGAUGCAGAAAGACAAUCAAAGAUCAGAUCUAGGUAUAACAGUGAACCACCGGUACCAGCGCAAGCCUCGGCACCAGGUGCAGCUGAAGCACAGGCAGCAACAGCACUAGCUGGUGAAGCUGCUACAGCAGCAGCAUCAUCAUCAGCACCAACACCAGCGCCGCAACCACCGCCACCGCCACCGCCACUACCACCAAUAGCAGCAGCAACAGCAGCAGCAUCAUCAGCACAAACACCAGCACUGCCACCACCGCCACCGCCACUACCACAAAUAGCAGCAGCUACAGCAGCAGUGCAAUCAGGAACAGCAGCAGCAUUGCCGCUGGCGCCGCCUAGAUCACCUUCGCCACCAGUACACAAAGUAGCAGUGCGAUCACCAUCACCACCAACCCUGCCACUACCAGCGGCAGCAUCACCAACCCUGACACCAUCAGCACCAGCACCAGCAAUGGCAGCAACAGAACAAGCAGUAGCAGGACCAUCGCCGCCACCAGCAGUACCACCAACUGUACCGCCACCAACAGAAGCAACUGUAUCGAUAGCACCAUUAACACCAGCACCAACGUUGAUAGUACCGGGGGCAGUAUCAGCAGAAACAGCAACAGCAACAGCAGCAGGAUCAGGACCACAGCCACUGCUGCAACUACCACUAACUGCACCACCACCACCAGCAGCAGCAACAUCACUGACAGCACCAGCAGCAGCCGCAACAGCAACAACAUCACUGACAGCAGCAUCACCACCACCGUCAGCAGCAGCAGCAGCAUCAGUGGCAGCAGCAGCAUCAGUGGCAGCAGUGGCAUCAGUGGCAACAAUAGCAUCACCACCAACAGCUCCAGCACCAAUAUCAUUGCCGGCAGCAGGCAAAGCAGCGUCAAAGAGGCAAAACAGCACAAGUAGAAAGCUCAACGUUGAAGACUGGCUGGGAGACUACUUUGCCAUUGAGUCUAUUCCCCCGGAAUCCCUUCUUCAACCAUGUUCUUCUUGCCAGAACCUGGAUGAGGCCCGAACAGAGCAAGGCAUGCUAUCAGACAAUCGUUGUGUUGAGAGCCAGAAAAAGCUCAGCGCUAUUCCAGAGGUACUUGUCCUACAUCUCCAACGGACGGACCCUGAAACUGACCGCAAGUGUCAAGACCAUAUUCCGUUUCCCCUCAAGCUGGACAUAGAGAAGUAUUGCAACGAGAGAUGCGUCAAGAGAGAAGGCGACAAGCCGAUCAAGUACUCGCUGUUCGCCAAUGUUGUCCACUCCGGCACCAGCUACGGUGGACAUUACGUGACGUACGUGAAGACACGCCACCGCUACAGCUACAGCACCGACACCGGCCAGUGGUAUUGUGUGAGUGACCGCAGCAAGAGGCCAGUGCAGCCUGACACGGUUCAACGACAGCAAGCCUUCAUGCUAUUCUAUGAGCGCAUUACCUGCCCAAUGGAGACCUAGGCACAGCAUCACCUGCCCAACAAAGGCAUAGAUAGUCACAAGUUAAAGAAACUGAAUACAAUGCAAUACAAGAAAUGAUACGUGAAGUUCCAUGGUAAAAAGGUUAAAUGGCCAUAGCGUUAAAAAAUGAAGCAGAGACACAACUAGAAACAAUUCUUCAGCCCACAAUUCUUCAGUCCAUGAAUAAGGUAAAAUGACAUGGGUAGAGUUAGAAAGCGGAAACAAGUUCUUGUUAAUAACUAAUCACCGAAAGCACGCGCAGCAAUGUGUGUGUGUGCACUAACAAUAGCAUGUAUUCAGUCUUUCCUGCAAUUCCUGCUCAUAAAAUGUUCACAUUAUUCUGUGGUAAGCAUGCAGCAUUCUCAAACAUCAAAGUGUACCACUAUUCUAAGACAGUAUUGAUAAUUAAUUUUAGCCUGGGGUGAUCACCAGGUUUCAUACCAGUAGUUUUUUUCUUCUUUCUCUGCCAUGAUCUGAGAAGGAUGUGUCUCAGAGAUCCA